GCAGCAGGAGCAGCAGCAGCCGCCGCCGCCGCCGCCUCUGCAGGCUGAGUCAUCACUAGAGAGUGGGAAGGGCAGAAGCCCCAGAAGAGAAUCCACCCCCCAGAGCCGACAACACAAAGUAUCGUUUCUCCAAGUUGGGGGGCUCAGAAGGGAACCAUCAUGAGCGAUGUUACCAUUGUGAAAGAAGGCUGGGUUCAGAAGAGGGGAGAAUAUAUAAAAAACUGGAGACCAAGAUACUUCCUUUUGAAGACAGAUGGCUCCUUCAUAGGAUACAAGGAGAAACCUCAAGAUGUGGAUUUACCUUAUCCCCUCAACAAUUUUUCCGUGGCAAAGUGCCAGCUAAUGAAAACAGAACGCCCAAAGCCAAACACAUUUAUUAUCCGAUGUCUCCAAUGGACCACUGUCAUAGAAAGAACAUUUCAUGUGGAUACUCCAGAGGAAAGGGAAGAAUGGACAGAAGCCAUCCAGGGUGUAGCAGACAGACUUCAGAGACAAGAAGAAGAGAGAAUGAAUUGCAGUCCAACGUCCCAGAUUGACAACAUAGGGGAGGAGGAGAUGGAUGCUUCCACAACCCAUCAUAAAAGAAAGACAAUGAAUGAUUUUGACUAUUUGAAACUACUGGGUAAAGGCACUUUUGGGAAAGUUAUUUUGGUUCGAGAAAAAGCAAGUGGGAAAUAUUAUGCUAUGAAGAUUUUGAAGAAAGAAGUUAUUAUUGCAAAGGACGAAGUGGCACACACUCUCACAGAAAGCAGAGUACUAAAGAACACUAGACAUCCCUUUUUAACGUCUUUGAAAUAUUCCUUCCAGACAAAAGAUCGGUUGUGUUUUGUGAUGGAAUACGUUAAUGGGGGAGAGCUGUUUUUCCAUUUGUCGAGAGAACGGGUGUUCUCUGAGGACCGCACACGCUUCUACGGUGCAGAGAUUGUCUCCGCUCUGGACUAUCUGCAUUCCGGAAAGAUUGUGUACCGGGAUCUCAAGCUGGAGAAUUUGAUGUUGGAUAAAGACGGUCACAUAAAAAUUACGGAUUUUGGACUUUGCAAAGAGGGGAUCACUGACGCGGCUACCAUGAAGACGUUCUGUGGGACACCAGAAUACCUGGCACCAGAGGUCUUAGAAGACAAUGACUACGGCCGGGCAGUGGAUUGGUGGGGCCUCGGGGUUGUCAUGUAUGAAAUGAUGUGCGGGAGAUUGCCAUUCUACAACCAGGAUCACGAGAAACUUUUUGAACUGAUUCUAAUGGAGGAUAUUAAAUUCCCCCGGACGCUCUCUUCAGAUGCAAAAUCAUUGCUUUCAGGACUCCUAAUAAAGGACCCUAAUAAACGCCUUGGUGGAGGUCCAGAUGAUGCGAAAGAAAUUAUGAGGCACAGUUUCUUUGUCGGACUAAACUGGCAAGAUGUAUAUGAUAAAAAGCUGGUACCGCCUUUUAAACCUCAAGUAACAUCUGAGACAGAUACCAGAUAUUUUGAUGAAGAAUUUACAGCUCAGACAAUUACCAUAACACCUCCAGAAAAAUAUGACGAGGAUGGGAUGGACUGCGUGGACAACGAGAGGCGGCCGCACUUCCCCCAGUUCUCCUACUCGGCCAGCGGACGAGAGUAACGGGCGCCCCGCGCUCACGUUCGGCCACGUCACUGUCAUCUUGGGUUUGUCGCCGGGGCGGGCGAUGCCGCGACAGAGAGAGCAGGAGCACUUUCCAGCCUCCCGGGCUGACCCGAUCCUCCGACCCCUCCUCCCUUCUCUCUCUGUCUCUCUGUCAGACACACGAGCACGCACACUCACUCUCUGCCCCCCAAACCUCCCCACACCGGUCCCCCCAUGCUCUCUCCCCCCGUCCCCCCACACACUUGCCUUUUCGUUUUGCAUGAACUCUUCUCUCAGUCUGAGGUCUCAUGCUGUUGCUGCUACUGUCUCACUAGAAUGGCAACCGGAAGGAGUCAUUGUGCAAUCUGGAGAAGCCCCCCGGGGGGGCACGGGGCGGGGCGGGGAGGGGAGCGAGCAUCAUCUUCCGAUUUCCGGCCCCCGGCGGGGAAACGUAAAGAGAUGUGUUGGCUCCCAGAGCGCUUCCUCACCUCUGGAAGAGAGGUCAAAGGUCGGGCUGGGCGGAGAAGAGUUCGCUUCCGUGCUUCUCUUGCCCCUGUGCGUGCUGGACAGGGCAGGCCAUGGUUGGAGGGGGUGGGACGUGUCCCCCACCUCCUCGGUUAGGCACAUCGUGAUCUGGCGGCCCCGAGGGGAGGUCGAAGGGGCAGAACCCGGAAUCGCGACCCAGCCCCCGGGCGCAUCCGGCUAGGCGGUAUUGGGCCUGUGCUUGUCCGGCUCCGCGGGAUCCACGCUUCCAGAUUUCACCCCCAAGCACGGCCCCCUCUCCUCCCUUGAGCCUGGGAGGGACGAAGGCAGAGGAGCUGUGACGUCCAGGGUCAUUUGAGGGACUCACGGGUGGCUUGGCCCUGGAGGGCUGCUCAAAAACAGGCUCGUUCCUGCUCCCCCCGGCCCCAACUCCCCAUCGCCUCUGAGGCUGGAGAAUGUAGGCAGGCGUGUCGCUGUGGCUUUGCACCAAAAUCCUGGCUCUGAGGUAGACCGAUGUUUGCCUUAUUGGUUUUUUUGGGGGUGGGGGGGGUUGUUUUUUUAAAAAAAACUUUGCUUUUAAUUUAUGUGAUUUCGCUCUUCGACGUUCAACCUCUGUUCUUUGUUGUUAAAUGCGGUAGUAUUUAUUUUUUAGGGUUGAGAAAUGUAUUUGUCAUGUCAGCAAACGUGGCUUCAACUCACUUAAGGGCAGACUUCCCGCCGUCUGUUGGGUCUCACGUGAGGAACAUCCCAGCUGACGAGAAGCGGGAGGUUUUGCUUCAGCGCGGUCACCGGGCUGAGGCUCCGGAAUUGGACGGGUGGCUCGGAGUUGGACGUUAGGAGAGGAAGGAUGAUCAUUAGGUGGGGAGACCCCGACCCCCACCAUCGAGGCCCGGGGGCCAAUCAAGGUGAACCCAGUUUGUGCAUUGGAGGAAACCCUCCAAUGCACAAGGUGGGAAUUUGUUGCGAAAGGCCAGCGGAGGGGUGGAAACGUUCCUCCGGUCAGUGGAGGCGGCGCGUCGGCAUCCAGGGGCCCGAAAUAGGUUGGGGAGACGAACACUUGGCUGGGAAAACCGGCCCCCGGAGGGUCAGGGCGGUCAGGACCAGCGGUCGUGUCGAGUCUGAUCGGGGUCCAUUAGUCGCUCGGUUUGAGCCAAACGAGCCUCCAUCUUUUCCUUUUUCCGUAUGUCCUCCCGUUCCCAGAUCCCAGAUAUUUCGCACUGAAUGGGACACGUAUGCAAACCUCAUAUAUUUCCUUCGUUAAUGAUGAUCCUCAUGACGGAAACCCUUUGGUGCUAGGAGCUGGGGUCUCCCCACAGGCGGGCCGCCACCCCUCUCCGACGGCUCGCGGGAGGGAACCCGGCCCCGUGGGAUUACCGUUGUAGCGUCGGAUCUCGCCCUCUUCGCUCCCCGAUGUCAGACCGCGGCAUGGCGGAGGGUCCCCGGGGCGUUUUCGGGACGUGCAAGUAAUUUUUUUAGAUAGGAAAACUGAUAUUCCUAUGCAGGUGUCUUAGCCCCCCGAUGUUGGAAGCGCGGCUCGGAUACCCGACGUGAAGCCCCCUGCUGGCAGAGGGCCCACGGGGGCUGACUAGGGGUCAAAGGGCAUUGUAACACGGCAGCUAGGACACGUCCAGAUACCGGGCUCUUCUCCUUUUCUCAUUUCUCCCCGAGCGAAUUUCAUCAUUAACGCGGGGGUACGGGGGCGGUGAAUUCUAGCGUGGGACACCUGGCUUCGGCUCGGGCCGCGGCUACUCGGAAUGCGUACUUCUCCCCGAGUGAUAUAUCCCGUCACCGCCUUCGGAGCGGAAGGGCUGACGAGCGAGCCCGUCUUGCGGGCCACCCGGGAUCCCCCGGGUGAGACGGCGUAGAGCGAAAGUGGGCCGAGCCGCGGGCCGGCCUUCCCCGACCCACCCGGGCCCCCCUCCCCGGACCCAGCGAAGACGUUUGCCUUUCCUCUCUGGAGCGCGAUCGUGACCUUGGCCCGGGACGUUUCCGAAAGAUGAGGGACUCGAGUGGGCGGUCAGCCCUCCUCCCAGCUCUUCCCCACUUUCCCCGGCUUCUCCUAGCUUCCUCAACUCCCUCCAACUUCUCUGGCUCCCCACCCCCCCACCCCACUCCCCCUGCUUCCCCCAGCCGGCUGGGAAUGUCGAGGAUAUCUCUGCCCUCCGGGAUCGGGCCGACGUCGCCGCCACUGGAUUUCGGGGAGGGGAAGCGUCCGCAAGCCAUUUCAGAUCUGAAUGUGAAAACGGGUCGGCCAGCCGCCUCCCCCCCGGGCCUCUCCCCGGGGAAAGUUCCAGGGCAGCGGACACGAGCGAGCCUCAACGUGCCAGAUGUCGCUUCCUAGAUGGGCAGCGGGGGAGUCCGCCGGAGGCACGGGAGGGUCUCCCCAGCGCUGCCCAGAUCGGGUGGCAGCCCCGGAGACGUCCGGCCCGGGACCCCGUCGGGACUUCUGCCCUGCACCCCUGAACCCGCUCUGGCACCCUGCCGUCCGGGCGGUCGGGAUUCCGGUUGGGAGCGGGAGGUGGGGGGAGGGGGCCGCACCCUUUCCCGUUGGAGUUUGGGGGCAGUUUUGCACACAGCUUUGCUUUCCACACUAACUGCAUCUUCCAACACAUUCCCGUCGCUUCGAAAACAUGAUUCCAGUAUUGUCUCCGACCUUCUCCUCACCCGACGGAUCCGUGGCUCCUGGGAGCUGACCGUUUCCGCCCAGGGGCCGCGUGUUUUCCCUAGAGUUCCAAAGUAAGGUCCUUCCUUACUCACUGCAGGGUCUAUAUUUACACCUCAAUGUACACACUUUGCUGCUACUGUUUGUACUGUCUACAGUAGAAUUUCCUUAUCUUGCUCCUGGUAGUGCAUUACAGGCAAGCAUGAAAUGUAAAGUAUUUAUUUAAAUAAAAACAAAAAACAAAAAAACAAAAAAGAGAAAAACCUCUCAAUUGGUAAUCGGAUUACCUCCCUGUAGCUUUAGAGUUUGUGACACUUCUCGACCUUGCUGAGUUCUUUCAUUAGAUCCGCGCAAGAUCUAGACAUCCGGUUAAGGAUUUUCAGCAGACUUGCCAAGGGACCCGAGGAACUGUACUACUAUUGCUGUCGGUCAUACUUCAAAUGUUUAUUUCCUUAAGGGAUAUGACCCGCGAGGAUGUGAAAUAACUACAAGAAACUGUUUUUGUACACUGUACAUCCUUAGUAUUUUUACACGUAUAUGAUAGGGAUGCACAUUAUUUUCCUUCGUACAGAAAGCUUAAAUAAAGCACUUAUGUCAAUCUGCUA